GAGACAAGUGCAAAUCCUUUGGGUCCCCGAGUGUUCUUGGGUCGUGUUCCCAAAUACCAUCACAUACUUUCUUCUCCUUGGGAUGUCCGCAACCAUCUCUCUCUCUCUCUUUCUCUCUCUCUCUACUGUAUCCCAUUUCCUUGAAACUCUUUUUUUUAUUCUGUAUAUAUACCCCACUCAUGCAACAUCUCCUUCCACAAGUUACAUCUUCAUUUUUCCACCUCUCUCUCUCUCUCAGAAACCACUGUUUUUUUUUUUUUCGACUUCAAUUCGUCUAUCUAAGAUGGAUGAGCUAGAUUAUCAAAUAAAACCAACCUCUACCACGACACGCUUAAAACUCUUUGGCUUCAGCGUCUCUGAAGAUGAUGAACAUACAGCUGACUCCAUCAAGACUUCUUCUUGUACUUCCCUAGACGCAGCUGCAACUGCUGCUGCUGCUGUUGCUUCUUCUUCUUCAGGUGAAAGUAGAAAGUACGAGUGUCAAUACUGCUGCAGGGAAUUCGCCAAUUCACAAGCACUCGGUGGCCACCAGAACGCACAUAAGAAAGAAAGACAGCAACUCAAGAGAGCCCAAAUGCAAGCUACCCGAAACGCAGCCGCAGCUGCAGUAUCCUUCGGUAGAAACCCCAUGAUCUCAGCCUUUGCCCCGCCGCCUCAUCUCUUGGCUCCUGCUGGUCCGGUUGUAGUCCCGGCUGCAGCUCCUUCGUGGGUUUACUUGCCAAGGCCGGCGGCGCCUUUCCACGUCUCACAUGGAUGCGUGUUUCCCAGUGGAGGAGGUGGUGGUGGGGGCGGGAGUGGGUUUGGUGGUGGGAGGGGUGUUGGUGGAUUGCAGUAUAGUGGCGGGGCAGGUGAUAUGAGUUUAUCGAAUGGGCUGCAACAAGUGCAGAGUAGGGUCCAUAAUGGGCGGGUAGAUGGACCGUUCUCGAAAGUGGACGGUGGACCAACCUUUGAUGAAGCAUUGGGAUUGGACUUGCAUCUUAGUCUUGCUCCGGCCGAGCCAUGACUUUGUUCUCGGACGGUCACCUUCUCUUCUGUACAUUUUUCACAUUUUAUUUAUUUAUUUUUCCUUCUCCUUCUUCUUUUGAUGAUGGAAGUGAUGAUUUGUUUUGACCA